AUGUCGGGCCCCUCAACACAGUUCUACACGCUCCCGGACAACUCGGGUUGCCGCAUGGCGUACCGGGUCUUGACGCCGACCUCUUCCGAAGCCCGUGCGCGCACCCCGCUGUUCCUGAUCAAUGGGCUCUCAGCAGUGAUGGUGGACUGGACGCCGCUGUUCGAAGCGCUCGGGGCGACGCGGACGGUGGUGAUCUCGGACCACCGCGGGAUCGGCGAGUCGGUCACGGGCGACGACUGGGACCAAGAGCUCUCGCUCGAAAGCAUGGGCCUGGACGUUAUCCACCUUGCGCACCACCUCGGCUACACCACUGUGGAUCUGCUCGGCUUCUCGAUGGGCGGGCACAUUACGCAGGCGCUCCUCUCUUCGCCCGAGCUCGCCAAAGUGGAUGUCAAAGACGGUUCGGUGGUGGUCGACGCCAAGGUCAAGGUGCGCAAGGCCGUGUUGACGGCGACGAUGGUCAAGCUGCCACGGGGAGAAGUGGACAUGAAUGCACUCAACGAGAAGGCCGAGAGCAUCGCGGAUAAGAAGGAACGCAAUGACUAUAUCACACAGGAGAUGAUGCAGCUCCAGUACCACCCCGCCGCCCUAGGGCCCUCCGGCCCCCUCCAGCGCCAGUUCGAACACCGCCUCCAGGUGGCGCGCACAACAAAGCGUCCCGCGUACAUCAUCGGCCUCCAGUUCCUAGCCAUCCAGUCGACCGACCUGCGCAAACAGCUCCACCGCAUCCCCGCCACGCUCCCCGUCAUGGUCAUCCACGGCCGACGCGACCAGAUGGUGCUGUACAGCGAGAGCGAGCGCAUCUUGAAUGGCAUCAAGCAUGCCAAGCGGCUGCAAGACACGCCCUCCACCGAAUUCGGCCACUUCUGGUACGACUACUUUGAGCUGGACUACUGGAUUCGCAGCAUCAGCAACUUUUUAGAUCAUGGCAAGGUCGGUGGUCAGUCUAGCGAAUCGAAGCUCUAA